AAUCUAGAGUUUUUUUUUAAAGUUUUUUGAACAUUUUUAAUGAAUUUCGUAAAUUUCUUGCUAAAGAUAACGGUGAUAAGAGCAAAUUAGUAUCAUUAGCAACACUCGCCGCCGCUCCCGUUGGAAAAAUAGGCCCGGAAAGUUUUUAUCUCAUAAUUAUUACCUCUUAUGCGCCAUUUGCCUUGAUAGCGCGUUUUCGGGUCAAGAGUACUGUCCGGACUGCGUGUGGUCGAUGUUCUGAACCGGCAGACCGGAUUUUAGUUCUCCGGAAGACGCCGCAGAGAUGGCCAACGGAAGGAAUUUUGUCCUCGUGCUCGUCUGGCUGUCCCUGCUUAUCAGUGCCGGCGUGCACUUGUUUUCCCGGGGAUUCCUGCUGACCCGCGUCGCCCACACCGACGCCAGUUCCUGCGUGAACUACGAAGAUUUCCGGUGUGAUUCGAAAGCGGGAGACUGCGGAGAAACCGAAAAAGUGGCCUCGAUCUUGCGCGAUGUCAAUCGUUCAUCGGGCAUUUGCUUUCCGCAGAAGGCCAAAGUAAUUCUGCUGGUCAUCGAUGCGCUGCGCUACGAUUUCGGUUUGUUCGAUCCGACCCUCCAGAAUCCCGCCCCGCACGAGAACAACUUACCCGUGCUAUCGGAGUUGUUACGUAAACAUCCGGACCACACACGCCGGUUGAAGUUCGUGGCCGAUCCACCGACUACGACGAUGCAGAGACUUAAGGGUAUGACGACCGGCAGUCUGCCCACGUUCAUCGACAUCGGCUCGAAUUUUGCUUCGCCCGAAAUCAAUGAAGACAAUCUGAUCGAUCAGCUGGUGCGGCAUAACCGGACUGCGGUGUUUCUCGGUGAUAGCACCUGGACCGAGCUGUUCCCGAACCGGUUCACUCGCUCCUACGAGUAUCCGAGCUUCAACAUCUACGAUCUCGAUACGGUCGAUACCGCAAUCCGGAAGCAUUUACCGAAGGAAAUCGCUCGCCCGGAUUGGGACAUUAUUGUGGCGCACUUCCUCGGUGUUGACCACUGUGGCCACCGGUACGGACCGCUGCACGAUGAAAUGAGGCGAAAGUUGCGCGAGAUGGAUGAAGUAAUUCGAAACGUGACGGAACAAAUGGCCGAUGGGACGACGUUGAUCGUGAUCGGUGAUCAUGGAAUGACCAAAACGGGCGAUCACGGUGGAGAGUCGAUCGAUGAAGUAGAAGCGCUCCUUUUCAUGUACUCCAAGGGAACGCCUCUGUUGGCGCGCGACGAGUUCUUCGACUACGGUGGACAGGUGAUGCAACAGAUUGAUCUCGUGCCGACGCUAGCGACGAUUAUGGGUGUACCGAUACCAUUCUCGAAUCUAGGACAGAUCCGAUUCCAGCUCUUGCCCGAUAGACCGGUCGGUUCGUUCUUGCGUUACCAGCUGGCAUUGGUGCAUCUGUGGCAGAAUGCUCGUCAGAUCCAGAACUACUUCCAACAGUAUGCUGACUCGAGCCAGGGCACGUUCGGUGUUGAGCAGCUCGAUGAACUGGACAACAAGUUCCUCAUUCUAACGCAGCGCGUAAACACCGUCUACACGGAGGCUGCCUUCGAAAGUUUCUCAAAAGAUUUGCGAAUCUACUUGAAGGACAUCCUAGAAGGCUGUCGUGAGAUUUGGGUUCGAUUCGAUCCGCAACUUAUCUCCCAUGGGCUGCUAGUGACUUGUUUGGGUUGCUUCGCGAUCGCUCUACUCGUCAUUAACUCGUCCCCGUAUCAGUUGGCAGCAAUGUUCCACGAUGGUGUCAUCAGAUACGUUCUGCUGCUGACGGGUAUAGCCGCCCCGUUUGGAUAUUGUAUCUACCGUGAUCUUGGACUAAGCUCGGCCUCCCAUGGUGCCAUUCUGUUUGCAUCCGUUGCUAGCAUCGCCGUACUAGCCUUCCUGGCGAUGCAAAACUGGAUUGCCAUCUCGGAUAGUUUGGCCAACUUGCGACAGUCGGCCAACGUAGUGACGCGAGCCUCCUUCGUCUUUACUACGUGCGUCUUCUUCGCUAACAGCUUCAUCGUACAGGAGUCUAAAAUUCUUUCGUACGUGCUGAUAGGAUUCUUUCUGGCCGCGCUUUACAAUCUAUCACGCGGGAAGCAUGGCAUUCCACGGAACAUGAAAUGGAUGCUGCUUAAGAAGUCCACGUUCGUGAAGCUUUUGUGUUUAACACUGUUUGGGCUAUCGCUGUUACGCCUUUCGCACCACUACAACCGCUGUCGCGAAGAACAGGCCAAUUGUACGGAUUAUCUGGUGAAGGCACCGGGAGCACCGACACCAGAUGCUCAACGAAGACAACGGUCGCCUACGAUCGCAGACUAUAUACCCGUCAUAGCGAUGGUAGUGUAUGUCGUAUGCACGCGGCUGUAUCUUCGAGCCUGUGGCAACCUUACGGGGACAAAGCUACACGUGCUGCUGGCACGCUACGGUCCCAUACUGGGAGUCGUGUGUGCUUGUGGCCACUUUACCGUCACGAAGACCAGCACCAAUGGCAUCCCGCAGCUUCACGUUGACGCACUGGCAUGGGUGAUAUAUGGAUUGCUGGUGAUACAAGUUAUUGUCCUCAUCGUCUCUCCAUUGCUCGUAUUCGUGUUGCCACGACGCAAGGAAAUGUUGAACGUGUUAUACAACGAUCGAAACGUUGCGUCGGAGAUAUACAAGCAGUUGAAGAGCAGUUACAACCAACGAGCCAAUGGAGGAGACGCAGGAGGUGACAACCCAUCCUCUCCCAACGAUGUACCCGAUAUCCCAAUCGUGUGCGGUCUAGCAACCGUGUACUCGUCCGUCUUCGUUGCCACAGCGGCCAUCCUAAGUGUACUGUUGGCAUUGCUGCUAGGAUCGCACGGUACGAUGGGAUUGAUAAUUGUGCUUUUCGUUGCCAUAGCUUACGGCAUCGUUGCUUCGAUCCAGCAGUACGAACAAUCAUCGAGCUUGCUCACCUGCAUCCAACCAUCGUUCCGAACCAUCCUGACGUGGAUUAUUCUGCAGCAGUUUGGCUUCUACGCGACCGCUCAUCAACCCACCCUGUCGCAGAUCGAUUGGAAUGCAGCAUUUGUUGGGCGCACGUUUUACUUCGAUAACAGCAACACCCUUUCGGCGGUGCUCGUGCUGCUUAAUACGUUCUCGGUCACAUUCCUGCUCUCGGUACUGUUCCCACUGAUGGUGUUCGUACCGUUCUGUGUCUACACCAUGUGGCCAUCAUUAUCGCAGAAACCAGCAACAACACCUCGACCGGCAGCACAAAGCGUUGGACCUCCUGGUGCCAAUCGCAAGACCGCAAUCCAGCGUGCUGAACCAGCGGUGCGGAAGGUGGAAGCCAACGGUGGUAGUGUCGAGUAUCGCAGUGUUACGGUGAACCGUACCGAGGAGCCCACGGAAAACAGUCCAACGACGGCAGCAACCAUCGAUUUCGACGUCACCAAAGGAGAGCUCAAUCUAUAUGAAAACGAAAAGCUCUUCCUUGGAACCGUUUUCAAAGCCGGUUGCCAGUUGCUGCUGCUCCAAUCGUUACGGAUCUUUUGUGCCAUGUUCGCCUGCACGUUGCACUCCCGGCAUUUAAUGGUUUGGAAAAUCUUUGCACCGCGCUUCAUCUACGAAGGUAUCGGUAGCUAUGUGGCCUUCUUCGGGAUCAAUCUGGGAUUUUUGCUGCUACUACGCGUUCAUCACGCCGUUGGUGCGCUUAUAACGGCCAUCAAUAAGUCGCGAUAAAGCCAUUGGCAGCCACAGAAACAGCAGCCUCAUACCAUCUCAAGCCAUCACCACGAUGACGCCCUAUCAUCACUCAACACUAUCUCUAGUCUUGUGUUCAGUAUCUCACUCAGAGUGCGUAUGGUAAGUAAUUUUGAGCCUUCCACCCCCAUCCCAGCUCGUGAUGUGUGACGAUCGCGAUAGUAUGACGAGACCCAGUAUAGCAUGGAGGCGAUAGAAAAUAAGAUUCAUAUAGCUCCAAACGGAAAGGCCUUUUCCCGGCUAGACUAGUUGUUUAAGUUGGACAAAUAUGUAGAAAAUAAAGCACAUUUCAAU